CGAGAGACCAACGCAAACGGGGUUGCGCUUUCGGUCAUUUUCCAAAACCCUACUCAAAGGGCGCUCUCUCUCGAUCUUCCUUCGCCGCGAAUCGCGAGCUUGGAUCACAGUCGCAAUGGCGUCGGGAGCGGGGAGAGCUCGCGCAGAUUACGACUACCUCAUCAAAUUGCUGCUCAUCGGCGACAGCGGUGUGGGGAAGAGCUGCCUUUUGCUCCGCUUCUCGGACGAUUCCUUCACGACGAGCUUCAUCACAACGAUAGGCAUUGACUUUAAAAUCAGGACUGUGGAUCUUGAUGGCAAGAGGAUCAAGCUCCAAAUAUGGGACACCGCUGGGCAAGAGCGCUUCCGGACUAUAACAACUGCAUACUACCGCGGAGCUAUGGGCAUUCUUCUUGUCUAUGAUGUUACUGACGAGUCUUCGUUUAACAACAUCCGAAAUUGGAUCAGAAAUAUCGAGCAGCAUGCUUCAGACAAUGUGAACAAGAUCCUGGUCGGUAACAAGGCCGACAUGGACGAAAGCAAGAGGGCUGUAUCAACAGAGAGAGGGCAAGCACUUGCGAACGAGUUUGGUAUCAAGUUCUUUGAAACCAGUGCAAAGACGAACUUAAACGUGGAGAAGGUCUUCUUCACAAUUGCGGGAGACAUCAAGCGGAGACUGGCAGAAACAGACUCCAGACCAGAGCCUCCCCGGAUCAACAAUAUAGUACUAGACCCGUCAAAGGAUCAGGGCAGUGACAAGGCCAAGUCAACGUGUUGCACUUGAGGAGCGACAAGCAAAGCGACUCCUCGGCUUAAAUGGUUUUUGUGGAAAAUUUGCUCCUGGGGUACGGAUUUGUCAAAUUCUUUUCUCUCAAUGUAACGAAUUUUUAAGCUCCA